CACAUUGGAAGUAAGGUUAUUGCGUGUGUUUAUAAUUUUCUAUAUUUUUAAAGGUUUCUAAUCAAAAAAGUCUCAGAUUUUUAAAUUAAUUAAGGUAAAAUUCGAGCGGAUUAUUUGGGUUAUCGCAAAAAUUGGUCAAAAUGUCAAUUGGGGUACCAAUAAAAGUACUUCACGAAGCGGAAGGUCAUACCAUAACCUGUGAAACAAACACCGGUGAAGUGUACCGCGGUAAACUAAUAGAAGCCGAGGACAAUAUGAACUGUCAAAUGCAAAAUAUCACGGUGACUUAUAGGGACGGUCGAGAGGCACCAUUAGAAAAUGUUUAUAUUAGAGGGUCGAAAAUCAGGUUUCUUAUAUUACCAGAUAUGUUGAAGAAUGCACCAAUGUUUAAGAGACCUGGAGGGAAAGGAUCGGGAACUGCUGGCAGAGGAAAAUCUGCAAUUUUACGCGCUCAAGCUCGUGGAAGAGGCAGAGGUCAGAAUCAAAGAGGCAGAGGCACUGGUUCUGCUCCUUGGCUAAAUCAACAGAAUCAACCUGGGGGAUCUCAAGCAGGAAGAGGAAGAGGUUAAACUGUAUGACAAUAAGGAGCAUUACGAUAAGAGG